AUGGAGCGAAACGACACUUCUCAAAGGGAUUUCAUUCUCUUGGGCUUCUCUGACAAGCCCCAGUUAGAGAUAAUUCUCUUUGCGGUCAUCUUGGUCUUCUACAUCUUGAACCUAGUGGGGAACAUGACCAUCAUCUUGGCCUCUAGCAUGGACCCCAAGCUGCACACCCCAAUGUACUUCUUCCUCACCAAUCUGUCCUUUGUAGACCUCUGCUUGACUACCACAGUGGCCCCACAAUUACUGUUUACAAUGAGGAGCAAAGACAAAACCAUGAGCUACAGUGGCUGCGUAGCACAACUCUAUGUAGCCAUGGGAUUGGGGUCCACCGAAUGUAUUCUCUUGGUUGUCAUGGCGUAUGACCGCUACGCAGCAGUCUGUCGCCCCCUCCAUUAUGCGGUCAUCAUGCAUCCUCAGCUCUGCCUAGGACUGGCUGCGACGGCAUGGCUCAGUGGCCUCAUCACCUCUCUGAUCCAAUGUUCUCUCACCAUACGGCUACCUCUGUGUGGUCAUAACAAGCUUGACCACAUCUUCUGUGAGGUGCCAGUGCUGAUCAAGCUGGCUUGUGUGGACACCACCUUCAAUGAGGAUGAGCUUUUUGUGGCCAGCGUGGUCUUCCUCGUGGUGCCUGUCUCUCUCAUUCUGAUCUCUUAUGGCUACAUAACCCAGGCCAUACUGAGGAUCAAAUCUGCAGCAGGACGCCGUAAAGCAUUUGGGACUUGUUCUUCUCAUUUGGUUGUAGUAAUAGUUUUCUAUGGGACCAUCACCUUCAUGUAUCUCCAGCCAGCCAAAAGCAGAUCCAAAGACCAAGAGGAUCAAAGACAUCAUGGGGUGAUGACUUCCAUGUGA